AUGGCAUGGGUAUCCCCUCCAUCGCCAUCAUGUUACACGAGCUCAUCAAGCUCCUCUACCAUGCUCGCUGCACUGAUGUUACCAUCAUUCGCAUUGGGACCUCCGGUGGAUUAGGCCUCGAGCCUGGCACGGUUGUUGUCACCAAGCAGUCAGUAGACGCCACCUUCCUGCCCAGGUUGGAGCAGGUCAUCCUGGGGAAUACUGUGGUGCGCAGCACGGACCUGCACCAAGGUCUGGCUGAAGAGCUGCUCCAGUGUAGCAAGGACCUGGGUCAAUUUGAGACGGUCAUCGGAAACACUAUGUGUACAAUGGAUUUCUAUGAAGGACAAGCACGUCUGGAUGGGGCUUUCUGCUCCUACACAGAGAAGAAGCAGGACUACCUGACCAAGGCCUAUGAGUCUGGGGUUCGUAACAUCGAGAUUGAGUCUUCUUGUUUUGCUGCCAUGUGUCAACUCAGCGGUCUGAAAGCGGCCGUGGUGUGUGUGACGCUAUUGGACCGUCAGAAAGGUGACCAGCUGAACAGCUCUCAUGAAGUUCUCCACAGCUACCAACAACGUCCUCAGAUACUGGUCGGUCACCUGAUCAAGAAGAUGCUCCAAGCCUCAGCCUCUAGCAGAAGCUAGGCUCUUGCAUUUUAGCUUUCUGAUGUUAUGUGACUUAUGAAAGGUCUCUUGUACACAGAGUAUACAAAACAUAAAGAUCACUUUCCUAAUAUGAGUUACCCCCCCACAACUUUGCUGUUCUUGACAAACAACGGUGCUCCAGGCACCUACUACCAUGACCCGUUCAAAGGCACGUUUGUCUUGCCCAUUCACCAUCUGAAUGGCACACAUAGACAAU